GCUGAUCGAAGCAAUCCAAGUGAGGGUGGUUUGUUAUUGUUUUUUUUUCUCAGAGUUUUUCCGCAUAUUUCUGUGAUUUUCUCUGAUAAAAACCAAAGAUAAAAGUGUGAAAAGUAGUGAAAAAACCUCUUGAAGCCUGAAACUUGUCAAUCAAUGUGAAAACCAUCAGUUUAUUGGCUAGAAAAGUACUCAUCGGGAGAUAAGGAAAAUUCAAGUCCCUACCACGUCCACAUGUGAGAGAGAGUGUAAUUUUGUUACGUGUCAGAAUGUAGAUGUAGAGCAAAUUGUUCCUUGAGAACGAGCCCAUUUUUAGUCAUAAAAUACUUCUUGCAUGAACUUGAGUGAUUUCUUGGUCUUCUUCGGUGGAAAAUUUCUCAGUGCAUGGUGGAGGAAGAAUGUCUGGUGAAAGGGUAAGUUGCUACUGACCGCAUUUUCUCUGUGGAAUUUACCAAAUUGCGUGGCCCGGAGAUUUACCUCAUACACGAGACGUUUUUUUUCACUCGCAAAAUCUUAUCUCGACGGAAAUACCGAUAAGACAAAUUCUCUGAACAGUAAGACCAUCGACUGGAGGAGGUGAUUGAGGAAGUGGAUCACUGGUUAAAAUCAAGAGUGAUUCGAUAAAGUUCACUGGACCGGAUUGGCUAGAAAGUUGCUCGCGAACAGGUUUCCAGCCACAACAACUUUGAGCCAUUCCAAGGUCUGCAAUCUCCUCCACGUCUUGCUUUUCUGACAGUUUCGUUUUGGCUGCACUCAAGAGUAGACUCACUCAUGGUUCACUUGGACGAACUUACGCUCUAUGAGCCCAAGUUGCUCCAUGAGCUGCAAUUCUGGCAGUCUCCAGCUAAAUUCAAUCCUCCCAUCACAGCUGUGGCUCCCGGCGAGACAUGGAUGAAAGUUAGACCACUGCAGGAGGGUGACUAUGACAGAGGUUUCCUGGAGUUGCUGUCACAGCUGACGAAAGUUGGCAAUGUGUCCAAGGCACAAUUUCUCAUGCAAUUUGCUCAGAUGCGAGCCAGUGGCGGAUACUAUGUCACGGUUAUUGAGGAUACCCGGAUUAAUAGGAUCAUAGGAAGUGCCACUUUGGUGCUGGAGCACAAAUUCAUCCAUGGAUGCUCAGUGAGAGGAAGACUGGAAGAUGUUGUAGUCAACAAUACUUACCGAGGGAAACAACUUGGCAAAUUAAUUGUGGUGACUGUGACUCUUCUGGCGAAGCAUUUGGGUUGUUACAAGAUGUCUCUGGACUGUAAGGACAAUCUUAUUCCUUUCUACGAAUCCCUGGGCUAUGUCCUCGAACCAGGUAACUCAAAUGCCAUGAAUAUCCGUUAUGAUGGUCAGAAGGAGACCACAGUGCGAAAUCGUCCUACGGCAUCGGUUAUCCUGGCUAAUGCCACAAAUCCCGUGGAUCCAUCCUGACAAUUAGCCCCCGGAGCUGCUAAUGCCAAGGUCCGGUCUAAGCUGUAGGGCCAUUUGCGCAUUCUGUACCAAUUUAGCAGUCUCUGGUAGAUUAACAAGUUGAGAUUCUCAUUUUACUUUUUGAUUUUUUUUUAGCUUUGAUUUUUCUUUCGCUGAUUCUCACAAGUUUAGAAAGAAUAAUUUUCCGUUUUCUUUUAUUUUGACUAAAAAAAUAAAUAAAUUAAACAACGGUGGUGGAUUUAUUUAGUUUAUGUGAGUGUAUUUGAAUCACAUAAAGUAUAAAAUAAAAUUAAUCAGUUUACACUUUUACAACAAA